GGCGGAGGCGGCGGCCAAGAUGGCGGAGGCGGCGGCGGAGCUGCUGGAGCGGGCGGCCCGGCGGGACGCGGCGCUCGAGGAGCUGCGGGCCCUGCGGGUCGCCUUGCAGGCCGUGCCGCCCACCGCUCUCCGCGCCCGCCUCGGCGAGCACCACCUGGGAGCGCUCUUCGCCCUCCUCAGCGCCAGUGACCGGGAACAGGUGUCCGCGUGUGUUUCCAUCCUGGAGAGGCUCCUGCAGGCCCUGGACCCCCUGUACGUGAUCCAGAACCUCCGGGAAGAGCUCCAGAAAGGGCUUUGUCACCCCGAGGACUCCGUGAAGAUCCUCACCAUAGCCCAGGUUGGGAGGAUUGUUGAAGACCCAGGUGCUGUCACAGAAAUUCUCAACAGCCCAGAGCUGUUACGGCAAAUAAUAAACUGCAUCGGGGGAGAGAAGAUUGCAGUGGCCAAGGAGGCCAUCAAAUCCCUGUCUGGAAUAGCCCAGACACAAGAAGGUCUGGAGGCUUUGUUUGUGAGCAGUUUGUUGAGUGACCUGAAAAAUGUCAUGGCCACGAGUGACGUCGUUCGCUACCGAGUGUACGAGUUAAUUGUGGAGAUUUCUUCAGUGUCAGCAGAGUCCCUGAAUUACUGUGCAAACAGUGGGUUAAUAUCUGAGUUAAUUGGGGAGCUGACUGGAGAGGAUGUGCUGGUCAGAGCCACCUGUAUAGAGAUGGUGACCUCGCUGGCCCACACCCCCCAGGGCCGGCAGUACCUGGCUCAACAAGGAGUGAUUGAUAAAAUCUCAAACAUCAUCCUUGGAGCAGAGUCUGAUCCUUUCUCCAGCUUCUAUUUGCCAGGAUUUGUGAAGUUUUUUGGGAAUCUGGCAGUUGUAGACAGUCCCCAGCAGAUCUGUGAGCGAUACCCUGUCUUCAUGGAAAAAGUCUUUGAAAUGGCAGAAAGUCAGGAUCCAACCAUGAUUGGAGUGGCUGUGGACACCCUGGGAAUCCUGGGAUCAAAUGUGGAAGGCAAACAGGUUUUACAGAAAACUAGAAGUAGGUUCCAAAACCUGUUGAGCAAAAUAGGGCACCAGGCCAAGAAUGCCCCCACGGAGCUACGGCUGCGGUGCUUGGAUGCCAUUUCAUCUCUUCUUUACUUGCCUCCAGAGCAGCAGACAGAAGACCUUUUAAGGAUGACAGAAUCCUGGUUCACAUCCCUGUCCAGCCAGCCCCUGGAACUCUUCCGGAGCAUCAGCACUCAGCCAUUCCCUGACCUCCACUGUGGGGCUUUACGGGUGUUCACUGCCAUUGCAAAUCAACCAUGGGCCCAGAAGCUGAUGCUGCACAGCCCGGGGUUUGUGGAGUACGUUGUGGACAGAUCUGUGGAGCCUGACAAAGCUUCCAAGGAUGCUAAAUACGAACUGGUGAAGGCCCUGAAUCCUGUUGCUGAGAAUAAGCCACACUCUGUCCACAUGAGGGAGUAUGAACUGGAUUCUCUUCUGUUCUCAACCUGCUGGAUGUGAGUCUUGCUGGAAUAAAUAACCCUAAAUAUUGUUUACAUCUUAUGCUGAAGAUUUAAAAAACAAACCUUGUAGCCCUUCUGAAAACAAAUCAAUGCUGUAGUGGAUCAAACCAAACUGGAGCUUUGUCUCCCUUGGCUGCAAUGUGGUGUGGCAGCUCAGUUUAGUGGCUCAAAAGGAGCCUGAGCUGUAGCACUACAAAGCUACUUCAGAACCAAAUCUUUAAUUGUUUAUACUGUUUUUUUAACAGAGAUGAAAUUUUUUUUUAAGUGUUAUUUAAAGAAUCAUAUGAUUUUAGUUGCCUGAGUUAAAGGGGUAAGAACAUGAAACUUUUGUGUUUAAGGGUGUGAAUGAACCAGGAGGAUGGAAAUGUACCUUAGGAAGCUGGAAUCUUCUUUUGAAGGUGUCAGAUAACUGUGGGAGAGAAUCAAGAUGUGUCUUUGUCCAUAAACAGAGACCACAGUGUACUUUAUAUCAAAGGCUUAUAUUAUUUUUGUUGAGGACAUAUUUGAGGAAUAGCUGGGGGGGGAGCAUAAUAAACCAUGGAAUUGCUGCUUUGGGGCUUGUUUUAGUGAUGUGUCAGUCAGGGAUAACCUGGCAAUGCUCACCCCGUGUCCCUGUGCUGCCAGGGAAGCAGGAGGAUCCAGUCAUGCAGGAACUCUCUCCUUGCAUGUGGGAGGUAGAGGUGCAGCUGGUAUUGCCAAAAAUCGCUGCCAAGGAGUGCAAGUGGGCUCAGAGGAGCUGGGGAGGAUCCCUUCAUGUUUGCUAAGUGUCUGAGAGGGGUGAUCUGCCUUGCUGCUCCAAGGUGGACAAAAGUUGUCCUCCUCCAUGACACUCCUGCUGCUUUCACCCCAAAUGUGCCCCAAAAAUAUCUGCUGGUGAGAAAUGUACCACAGUGUCUUGUUUGUAAAUAGAGAACAUGGAGCUUCACGAGUCCUGCAUCCAGAAAAAAAACACAUCAAAGCACUGACAAGGAAAUAAAAAGAGUAUAGAAGUCCUUACUUUGCACUUGUUUUGGGCAGUUCAACUUUGUUAUUUUAGGUGGCUUUGUGUGCUGGUCGCUCUGUAUGAGCCAUAUGCUACAAACCUCAGUAAAAGAAAUCAAUAUAUAAACCUUUUCUGCAAUUCA